UUUUCAAUGGCAGGCAUGGAAGUGAACGACGAAAUGUGGUCGCGAGUGCCUUUGGUAGUGAUUUUAGGUGCCACCGGCACCGGAAAGUCCAAGCUGGCCAUCGAGUUGGCCAAGAAGUUCGGCGGCGAGGUCGUGGGCGCCGAUUCAAUGCAGGUGUACAAAAGACUGGACAUAGUGACAAACAAAGUGACCCCUGAAGAAAUGGCGCAAGUGCCGCACCACAUGAUAGACAUUUUGAGUCCCAAGGACAAUUUUAAUGUUGUUGACUACCGGAAUCAAGCUCUUGCAAAGAUUGCGGAGAUUGACUCGCGCAGCAAACUGCCCAUCGUGGUCGGCGGCACCAAUUACUACAUCGAGUCCCUCCUGUGGAAAGUCCUGGUCCAGUACGAGUGCAAAAUAAUAAAGGCGCCGGAGGCUGCGAAUUCCGUGGCUGCUGAUCAAUCAGCAAGCUUGGAGUUUGCAAAGCUGGACAACGACGAACUCAUGAAGCGGCUCGAGGCCGUGGACCCCGAGACGGCCCUUCGGCUGCACCCCAACGACCGCAGGAAGGUGAUCAGGGCUCUGGAAGUGUUCAAGCAGGAGGGCCGCCCUUUGAGUGCGGUGCUGCGAGAACAGAAGUCUGCAGACGGCUCCAGUCCAAUCGGCGGUCCCCUGAGGUUUCCGCGCAGCAUCAUCUUCUGGUUGCAGUGGGACCAAGGUAUUCUUGACGAGGACCUGGACAAGAGAGUGGACGAAAUGUUGGAGAAGGGUUUGCUGAAUGAGUUGCUUCAAUUCCACUCCGAGUACAACGCCGAGCGACUCGCUACUUCUGAAACAGAGCCUGAUUACACAAAGGGAAUAUUCCAAAGCAUCGGCUUCAAGGAAUUCCACCCCUACCUAGUCAUGGACGAAUCGGAAAGACAAACCGAGGAAAGCAAGAAACUUCUACAAAAAUGCAUUUGCGAUAUGAAAAUGGCCACAAGAAGGUACGCUCGGAGACAAGUGAAGUGGGUCAACAGUCGCUUCCUCAGCAGCAUUCACAGAAUGACACCCAAGUUUGUGCCGUUGACAUUGAAAAGUGCUAGUAAUUGGGAGGCAGAAAUUCUAGAGCCAGCUGCAGUUUCCGUACAAAAAUUACUUGACGGGGAAAUCGUUAUAGCCACCCCUUCGGAGCAGCUACCAGACAAGCAAUUAAAAGAGAGAAAAGAGACUGAGCCAUGUCGGGAGUUUUGCGAAAGUUGCCAGAGAUUGUUCGUCAUCAAGAGCCAGUGGGAAGACCACAUGAAAUCCAAAAAGCACAAACGAAGAGUCGAUUCGUUAAAUAAACAAUCAGUCAAAAAGAGGAAACUUUGUAGUGAGACAGAGUCGGAUGAUCUCCAAAAAUAAAAUUUGAGACUGAUAGAAAUUAAAAGUAAAAUCCGAAGUUUUUAAAAAUAAAAACACUAAAGCUGAAUUUAUUUAUGUUUAAUUAUUAUUAGGCAACUGAAAUUCUUUCUACAAAUAAAAUUAUCGAUAUCACUCAUUUCCCCACUACCCGG